AUGGAAGUAAAUCAUUUUAUUUUGUCGGCCUGUGAGCGAUGGGAAACUUCGGCAUUUGAUCCUUGUGCUGACACACGUAUUUCUUUAGCGGUUUCGGGUGAGGAAGACCAGCACUGCAGCGAGAGACGGGAACAUCACUGGGCGUCAGGUCACCAGUUCCUAACUCUGAGGCACUCAUACGCUCCACCUCUCUGGAAUCUGUUCGCGGUCGCACGGCACAGUCCGUCGCCAAUAGCCACGGUGGAAUGUGACAACUUUAUCCUUUCAAAAAAGUGUUCUCUCCCAACCCCUUCAGUCAACUCUUCAGAAGAUAAGCCCGCUGGGUGCCGGACGUCGCCGGAAAAAGCUGGCCAUGGUACGAAGAGCGACUCGUCUUUUUCCUGUGCCGCCUAUUCUGCACCAGUUUUGUCUUUCUCACCGCCCUUGCCCUUCUGGCUGUGUGCGGCUAAGAUUUCGGGCUUUCCUUCCAGGAGGACAGAAGCGGACACCCUCCAGCCAACUCUAGAUCCAGUCCAGCAGUGCCGCAGUGAAGGUUCAACAACGAAGUCGCGAGGUUCCAGCCUGUCACCUGUUCCCGGUUCGUGGUGCAGUGGUUCUGCUGCCCUGGGAAAUAGCCUCACACGUUCCUUCUCAGCCACACGGCAAAACCCUUUCCGUGGUCCCCUCCGUCAGUCGUCCGUAUCUCCGGCGUGCGCGGCUCCGCUGAAACUCGGUACACCACGCUUGUCUGCUGUCACAUCUCGUGCGCGACGAAACAGCGUCGAUCCAACAAGGCCCUCGACCACCAGUUUGCGUGCCUUGUCACCGCACACAUCGGUGGGCAGCGACUCGUUGCCUACACGACUCGUCCAGACCUUUCCGUCGGUCCUUGCUCUGGUGCACAAGCAUUUGACGUGGAGUGCGUUUCUUUGCUUUUUGGCAGACGGCAAGGUAUCUGGUGCGACAACAGCGUCUGUGUUUCGUCCAGCGAAACCGCAGGUCCUGUAUCGCUUUCGCGGUUUCGAUCGUGGUCGCAGUCUGUCAACUUCCACGCUGUCUGCCGCUGCCCCGCGUUCGCUCGCUCUAUUUUUCCUCCUGUUUUUCCUAACUGGACUGCCUUCUCAACUGCGUCCGUCCACACAGAGAACGCUUGUCUCUGCCUCGUCUUUCCUUCACCAACCCAUCGUUCCCGCAGUGGCGAGUGCAGUUCAAGCGAGCGCUUUCGUCUCCCCGCGGGCUGUGACUUCGCCCGUCACCCGCAGCAGUGCGUGGAGCGGCCGACGAAACACACGAGCAUUUUCUUCUUCCUCUGUGCGAUACUUUCACACGAAACGGAAACGCACCAACGACCACACGGGAGGAGCCAUGGAAUCCUUUCUUCGACCCAUUCAGCCCAAGAGGUCUCUGUUUCAGGUCCUGCAAAAGGGACCUUUGAGGGUCGCCGUAAUUGGCAGUGGAAACUGGGGCAGCGUGAUCGGAAAGAUCUGCGCGCAAAAUGCAGAGCGGUCGUACGUCUUUCACGAUCAGGUCCGUAUGUGGGUCUUCGAGGAGAUGAUUGAAGGACAGAAACUCACGGAUAUCAUCAACCAGAAGCACGAGAAUGUAAAGUAUCUCCCGGGCCACAAAUUGCCCGACAACCUGGUUGCAGUGCCAGACGUUGUCGAAGCCUGUCGCGGUGCCGAUCUUCUCGUGUUCGUCAUGCCCCAUCAGUUUGUGGCGAAAGUAUGCGAUCAGCUUGCGAAGGCCAACGUUGUGCCAUCCCACGCACGCGCGAUAUCGCUGCUGAAAGGGCUUUACGUGGAAGGCGGAAGACCUCAACUGUUUUCAGAUACCAUUCGGUCGAAGCUCAAUAUCGUCGAGUGUGCAGCUCUUUCUGGCGCAAAUGUCGCAAACGACGUUGCUCGAGAAGAGUUCGCCGAGGCAACGAUCGGCCAUUCCCCGGAUGAGACAGAUACGGCGCUGAUUUGGCAGCAGCUGUUCGACAAGCCAUAUUUCAAGGUCAACACCCUCCCAGAUGUUGCGGGUGUUCAGCUGUGCGGAGCAGUCAAAAACGUCGUCGCGCUGGCUGCCGGUUUCUGUGACGGUUUGGGACUGGGAACUAACACAAAAAGCGCUAUUAUUCGCCUCGGUGUAGAGGAGAUGAAACAAUUCGGAAUGAUAUUCUUCGACAAUGUCAUCGCCGAAACCUUUUUCGAUAGCGCUGGUUACGCUGACGUGAUCACGACAGUAUUCGGUGGUCGCAAUGCGCGCUGUGCGGCGGAAUUCGUUCGACAGAAAGGGAGCAAGACUUGGGACCAAAUCGAAGCUGAGAUGCUGAAUGGCCAAAAGCUUCAGGGCACCCUUACUGCAAGAGAAGUAUUUGAGGUCAUAUCGUCCCAUGAAGUCGACCACCUGUUUCCUCUCUUCACUGUCACGUACGACAUCGCAUUCAAGGGAAGAGAUCCAGCAGAUCUCGUUCGUGUAUUCGAGACAAGAGAGGUCCGCCCCCACAAGACGGCUGAAGAAUGCAACAUUCUUGUGCUGCCUCCUCUCAUGGCAAAUGCCAGAAGAAGGAUUGGUCGCCUGCAAUCGAUAGUUGACCACGAACGCUUUAAAGAACAGGAGAAGAAGAUCGUGAAAGAAUACGAGAAGAGGUACACAGAGAUAGAAGUCGCUGCGGAGACAGCGAAGACUGCGGAUGACUUCACUCCCGUCGCACCAGCAGCAGAGGAGUGCCGGGCAAGAAAAUGAGAUGCCUAGAGGAGACACAGCGUGUUAUGAACAAAUCUAUUGAGGUUUCGCGAAGAGGAGGGAACAUAUUAUAUACAGAAGAAGAACAAGAGACGUGCCGCAUGUCGCUAAGCCAUCGGAAGGGAUGCUCAGAAAAUGGCACAGUAUCACAUUACAGUUCCGUUGAUUCGUCUGAUGGUGACGAAAGGGGAAGAAUAGUUGUCGCACCAAAACUGGCUAGUUGUUACUUUGAAGAAGACGAGAGAUGGAGUGAACCACCAAAAAUCGGAGAAAAUCGAUGGUGUCACGUUUUUUGUCAGACUUCACUUUGUGCAGAAGCAUUGCCCGUCCAAACUGCAACAACUGCUCUAGCGUGUUCGUCUCCAUUCCGUACAGUC